GAGAGAAUAGACUGAUAAUAACUACUUAUUGAAUAUAUCUUUUGAGCAGAUCUGCUCGCAUUAAUUGCACAGCAAGAAAUGAGUGUAUGACAUAAUCGCUUACUCGCAGCUGUAUUCUGGAGCCCGCUGCACAGAUCAAUUUAACGCUGCGCAGCGGUGGCCCGGCCACCAUCUUUGUCUGCCUCCACGACGACCACCGCUGCUUCUCGAGUCUUUUCUGCAGGUUUUGAGGCUAUCAAUUAGUCGUGAAAGAGUGUGCUUUGCUCAAUUGAACUGCUGAUCGCUGCUCACUAGAUCAAACAGUCUGACGCAGCAGCAGGGCGUGAGGCAGUCGCAGGUAGAGUCUAUAUGAGCAUCUGAGAGUCUAUGAGCAACUGAACAGAACCAUGCCUACCUACGCUCAAGAUCUGCCGCAGACAAAGCGAUUUGAUGAGUUCAAGACAAUUGACUGGGUCCAAGACGCCGCGCGCGACCAACUCCGCACUCGCCUGCGCAAGUCGCGCACCUUCCGCGUCUACGGCCGCGCAACCUUCUCCACCCUCGUCUCGCGCCUCACAGAACUGCUCGAGUCGAUACAGGGCUGGCUUGUGCUAACGCUGAUCGGCCUCGUCGUCGGCUCCUGCGCCGCAAUCCUCAAUAUCGCGACCGAGUGGCUCUCGGGCUUCAAGUCGGGAUACUGCAGCACCGGCUUUUACCUCAACGAGGAGUUUUGCUGCUGGGGCGAGGAGGACGGGUGUCCGGAGUGGCACGAGUGGUCGAGUUGGACGAUCGUCAACUACGUCGCAUUUAUUCUCUUCUCGGUCGCCUUCGGCACCGCGUCCGCAUACCUCGUCAAAAUCUACGCGCCUACCGCAGCCGGAUCAGGCAUCUCGGAAAUCAAGUGCAUAGUCUCAGGUUUCGUCCUCAAGGGUUUCCUCUCCGGCUGGACCUUUGCCAUCAAAGCCCUCGGUCUCCCUCUCUCGAUCGCGUCCGGUCUGAGUGUCGGCAAAGAAGGCCCGAGUGUACACUACGCGGUUGCCGCCGGCAACGUGAUUGCCCGACUCUUCCAGCGGUACCGGCACAACGCGACAAAGAUGCGCGAGAUCCAGACCGCGUGCGCGGCGACAGGUGUCGCAGUCGCGUUUGCGAGUCCGAUCGGAGGCGUGCUGUUUUCGCUCGAGGAGAUUUCGUCAAAGUAUACGUUGCGGACGAUGUGGAAGAGCUAUUAUUGCGCUAUGGUUGGGAUCGCUACUCUAGCUGCAUGGAAUCCGUUCAGGACUGGACAAUUGGUAAUGUUCCAAGUACACUACGACCGCGACUGGCAUUUCUUUGAGAUCGUGUUUUACCUCGUCAUCGGCAUCUUUGGCGGUCUCUACGGCCUCUUCAUUACCAAAUUCUUCUUCAUCGCGCAGUCAUAUCGCAAGAAAUACCUCGCGAACUUUGUGCUCCAAGAGACGGCGGCGCUGGCGAUGCUCACGGCCAUGCUGUGCUACUUCAACAUCUUCCUCACGAUCGACAUGACCGAGUCCAUGCAGAUCCUGUUUCGCGAGUGCAUCGGCAGCGACGGCGGCGAGGUCGAGGAUUACCACGGCCUGUGCUCGGCCGACAACCGGAAACGCAUGGCGCUCGAGCUCGCGUACGCGGUCGUCGUGCGGUCGUUGCUCGUCAUUGUCUCGUACGGGCUCAAGGUUCCCGCGGGCAUCUUUGUGCCGUCGAUGGCGAUCGGCGCGUACUUUGGCCGCAUGGUCGGAAUCGGCGUCGAGGCGCUGUAUGCCGCGCACCCAACAUCUGCGUUCUUCUCGGUCUGUAAUGGCGAGGAGCAGUGCAUCACGCCGGGUACGUAUGCGUUCUUGGGCGCGGCGGCGGCGUUGUCGGGCAUCAUGAACAUCACGGUGACGGUCGUGGUCAUCAUGUUUGAGUUAACCGGUGCGCUGACGUACAUUCUCCCCACCAUGAUUGUCGUCGGCGUGACAAAGAUCAUAAACUCGCGCUUCGGCAAAGGCGGCAUCGCCGACCAAGCGAUCGUCUUCAACGGCAUGCCGUUUAUCGACAACAAAGAAGAGCCCGAGUUCGACGUCAACGUCGCGGCCGCGAUGACGAGCGAGUUGACUGUCUUCCCCGCGUACGGCAUCACGCUGGCCGAGAUCGAGACCGCGCUCGCGGAGAGCUCGUAUGGCGGGUUUCCGGUAGUCGAAGAUCGGCAGUCUAUGCUGUUGAUGGGGUUCAUCGGCCGCGCGGAACUGAUGUAUGCGAUCGAACGCGCAAAGGGGAACAGUGCAAUCCAGCCCUCAGUCACAUGUUUCUUCACGACCCCGGACCAAGACCCUGUGCAGAUUCCGCGGACGUCGCGGAAUCGAAGCACGAUUUUUGAAGCGCCGCCGAUAGACGCGGACGCGGCAGAGCGCAACGCGACGCAGGAGUUCGAGAUGGGCGAGAUGCUCGACCGUCAGGAGAUCUCGUCUCCGUCCAAUCUCGCCGUCGACAGCUCGGGUCCGACAUCACGACCGCUUUCUCCCGCCCCACCGCCCUACUCCGAAGAAGGCUACGACAUUUUCGGCAGCAGUCUCGUGGCGACUCCUCAGGAGAGCAGCAGCAGCCCUCCGAGCGACGAACCAGGUUUACACGUCGACUUUGCGCAGUUUAUAAAUCUUUCGCCGAUCACGGUGAACCCGGAUUUACCGCUCGAGGCGGUCGCGGAGACGUUUGUUCGCGUCGGGCCGAGGGUGGUGUUGGUUGAGGAGCGCGGGGUGUUGGUGGGGUUGAUUACGCAGAAGGAUUUGCUACGGUAUCAUUUUAGGCAUCCGCAUCUUCAUCAUUAGCUGUAUUUUAUGUCUUUGUUUCGGGUUAUAUAGAGAUAAGUUUGUUUAUAGAAGUGAUAAUUUAGACCAUAUCAUUUACACUA